AUGGAGUUGGGGAAAGUUCAUCUGAAUCUAAAGACAGUGCUGUUGACGAUGAUGAUGUUCAAAUGGGGAAUCCUCUGCACAGCCACAUCAGACAAAUGUUUGUCUUCACCCUGCCAGAAUGGAGCUUCCUGUGUGGACACCAUGGAUGAUUAUGCCUGUAUCUGUACCAGAGAGGAGGUCCGAUACAUGGGCAAGAACUGUGAUGAACUCUAUGACGCCUGCUCCUUUGCCCCAUGUGAAAACUGCACAAGCACCCCUGGCACCACAGAAUACCACUGCAUCUGCCCGGACGGACUAACAGGCGAUAACUGCACAGAGGAGGUGGACGAGUGUCAGAGCAACCCAUGUUCUGAACCCCGUUCUCUGUGUGUUGACCAGCUGAAUGGAUACUUCUGCAGAUGUCCUGCUGGGUACGGAGGACAGGACUGCAGGACUCAUGUGACGGACUGCAUCGAUGAACCCUGCAGGAACAAUGGGAUAUGUGUAUUACGACCAGAGGGCUUUGAAUGCCGUUGUGCGCCAGGGUUUGCAGGGAGGAACUGUGAGGAAGAUGUGAAUGAGUGUUCAUCAGAGCCCUGUCAGAAUGGAGCUAUCUGUAUAGAUGGAAAGGCAGAGUUCCACUGCUUCUGUGUGCCUGGUUUUCAGGGCUAUAACUGUGAAAUCGACAUCAACGAGUGUGCGUCGCGACCCUGUGAGAACAAUGCCACCUGCAUUAAUGAGAAGGACCACUACGAGUGUGAGUGCCUGGAGGGCUUUGCAGGAGUCAACUGUGAAACUGAAAUAGAUGAGUGUGAGUCCAGCCCCUGCCGCAACGGAGCCACCUGCCACGACCUGAGCGCCAUGUACUCCUGUGAGUGUCUGCCCGGGUUUGACGGCAUCGACUGCGAGGUUGACGUUGAUGAGUGUGCCAGUGAGCCGUGCCUGAAUGGAGCUGUCUGUCACGACAUGGUGAACAGCUAUAAAUGUGACUGCAGUGAUACAGGAUUCGAGGGUGACCUCUGUGAAGUGGAUAUCCCUGAGUGUGCCUCUGAUCCCUGUCAGCAUGGUGCCACAUGUCUAGAGGGAGUCAAAGGAUACACCUGUCUCUGCUGGCCAGGUUAUGAGGGACCAAACUGUGAGAUUGAUAUCGAUGAGUGUGCUGAGCAGCCCUGUGAGAACAGUGGGGAGUGUUUUGAGCGUUCAGAUCCGUCUCACUGGGAGCUGGACUGGGAGCUCAGCUUUGCAGACGCAGCUGGGUACAUCUGCCAGUGUCAGCCAGGGUUUGCUGGUGAGAACUGCUCCGUCAACAUUGAUGAGUGUGAGUCUGAACCCUGCCAGAAUGGAGGCUCUUGUAACGAUAAGAUCAAUGGCUACACCUGCACAUGCUCUGUUGGGUUUCUAGGUGAGCUGUGUGAAGAGAACAUUGAUGAAUGUGAGAGCCAGCCUUGUCAAAAUGGUGGUUGGUGUGAAGACGGCAGGGCGUCCUACACCUGCCACUGUCCUGAGGCAGAGCCAGGUGAACUUCCCUGGGGAGGAGAUCACUGCCACGUGAAACUCCAUGGCUGUGUGGACCAUGAAUGCCAGAACGGAGCCACCUGCCACCCAUGGCUGGAGAGUGGAGAACACGGUCACACAUGCUUGUGCCCCCCUGGCUUCUACGAUGAGCAGUGCUCCACGAGAACAACCUUUUCCUUCUCCACUCCUGGAUUCAUUCACAUCCAGGUUGUUCUAGAAGAAAGGACACGGAGGGAGGUUGAGCACCAAGUUCACAGUGGUUUCGGGUUACAGCUACGCUUCCGGACAACUAUACCCAAUAUGUUGCUCUUCUACAGAGGUGAUGUGGACUGUCACCUCCUCUUGGAGAUUGUGAAUGGUGGUCUUCAUGCAAAAGCCUUUUCUGAGGAGUCUGAACUGGAUGUCACUUUUCCUGGUUUGGUUAGUGAUGGAGACUGGCGGGAUGCUCAUGUGUUUAUAGAUAAUGAAGGUCUGGUCUUGAUUCUAAAAGGCCCUGGCUGUGACAGGGAAGGAUGCAGAGUUAUAGACAGCGGUACUGAUGAACCACCUUUCCAGCCCUCUGAAGCCUUCACUCAUAUUUAUGUAGGUGGAGCACCAGAGGAGCUUUUAGAGUACUCUCUAAGUGGUGCAGGCUUCAUUGGAUGUAUGGAAGACCUGAUGAUCGACUCUAAGCCUGUCCUACCCCAAACACUUCCAGAGGACCAAGGCCAUGAGCUGGGGUGCAGUAAGACUGAAUGGUGUGAGCCCGACCCCUGCUAUGGACAUGGACGCUGUGUGGACCUGUGGACCAGCUAUCAGUGUGACUGCUACCGUCCCUUCCACAGUGAGAGCUGCUCUGAAGAACUCCCUUCAUGGACAUACAGCCAUGAGGACACAGUGAGUUUCAGUGCCUACGAUGUAGGUAAGAGCCAUGGGAACAGCUUCAAUGUGUCCUUCUUCGUGAGGUCAUUAAAGCCAGACGGGCUUCUGUUUCAGCUGAGGAGACCCACAGAGGAUGAGGGGGGAGAGGUCUACUUCUCAGUCUACCUGGGGAUGGGGAGGGUUUUUGUCAGCUCUCUGCCUAACAGUGCCCCACUGACCGCUCCCAUUUUUGUGACCACUGGCGAGAAGCAACUACUACAGGUGGAAGUCCAACACAAGCAGGUGAUCUUUGAGCAUGCAGGCCUUCGCUAUGGAAUAGGAGAAAUUCCUGAAGUGAAUGUUAACAGUGGGGAUAAGGUCUAUGUUGGAGGACUUCCGGGAGACUGGGACUCUUAUUUGUGGGGGGGGCAUUACAAAGGUUGUCUGCAGGACCUUCGUUUGGACUCAGUGCAUCUAGAUGUGGAUGCCUGGAACGCCUCUGAUGAGGAGGAAGUGUAUUUACCAAGUGAUGCUGAAAAUGCUAAGAAGGGCUGUGUCAGUGAUGAUACUUGCAAGAUGAAGCCUUGUCAAAAUGGAGGAGAAUGCAGCAUCACAUUCAACGAUUUCACGUGUUCCUGUCCAGAGGAAUACACCGGAAAGACCUGUGAGACCCACGUGUGGUGCGUUAGUGAUCCUUGUGUCAAUGGUGGCCACUGUGUGGACCUUCCUGAUGGAUAUGAAUGUGUGUACAAUGCCACAUUUGAGAACAACCCUGUGCACUACAGUGCUGGAGGCUCCCUGGCUCAGCCUGUCUCUGACAUAUACAUUGAGCUGCGGACUCGUUCAGAGAACGCUGUGCUCAUGAGGGCCUCCUGGGGCUCUGACCUGCUGAUGGUGGGUCUGCUGGACUCUUCUGUCCGGUUGGAGAUCCACAUUGGCAACAGUGUCGAGACGCUGACCUUUUCAGGAGUUCGUCGAGUGGCUGACGGGAACUGGCAUCGUGUGAACAUCUCAAUGGCAGAGAAGGAGCGCAAAGCCUCUCCCUGGGUCAUCACCGUGGACGGAAUCACAGAUGCCACAAGCAUGCCGGAGCACACGGGAAGCCUUCACUUUCUCAAUGAGAAGGGGGCCACUUUGGCUAUCGCAGAGAGCUUCACUGGCUGCUUGGGUGCAGUAAGAGUUGGAGGAGUCUACCUUCCUUUUGUGGAUGACCAGAAAGCCCCGCAGCCAUCUCAGUUCCAUUUAGAUGGAAAACCAAAGAUUCAUUUGGGUUGUAGCAGCGCUCCUGUUUGUGAUUCAGAUCCUUGUCUAAAUGGAGCCACAUGUGAAGAUCUCUUUAAUAAAUUCAGCUGUGUCUGUGACUCGGGCUGGGAGGGAGAACAGUGUGAGACAGACACUGAUGACUGUGCAUCUCAGCCCUGUGUUUAUGGAAGCUGUAAGGACUACUUGGCUGGUUUUGAGUGCCGUUGCCACCCUGGAUAUACUGGCACGCUUUGUGAUGAGGAUCUUGACGAAUGUGAGCAUCAUGCCUGUGAGCAUGGAGGCACCUGUCAGGAUGGACCCAACAUGUACACCUGUAUAUGCCCCAAGAACUACAGUGGUCCUCUCUGCCAGUGGGACUAUCCUCCACUAAAGUGUGGUGAAGAUGUCCAGUGUGCAAAUGAUGCUAUCUGCAAUGAUGGACUGUGGGGAGCAAACUGUACAUGCAUGCCAGGUUUUACAGGCAGCAGGUGUGAAAUGGAGACUAAUGAGUGUGAGUCUAACCCCUGUCAAAAUGGUGGUUCCUGUUUGGAUCGGUUCAACAUGUUUGUGUGUGAAUGCCUGCCUGGCUACAGCGGUCCAGUCUGUGACAGUAACAAACAAGCCCAUAAACAGGGAAUCCCCUGGCUGGUGGUAGCCAUCCCGCUGCUCUGCUUCUGUGUGUUGAUACUGAUCAUUGGCUUGACCUUUAUGGUGCUCACGGCGAGGAAGAAGCGGCAGUCGGAGGGCGCGUACAGCCCCAGCGCUCAGGAGCUGGCUGGAGCACGGCUGGAGAUGGACAGCAUGCUCAAAGUCCCACCAGAGGAAAGACUCAUCUGA